GGACGUCAGGACGUGAGGAGCGUGAUGUCAACAAAAGGGAAAAGAAACAGCUGAAGGAGGCGACAGUUAUGUACAUUUAAUACGCAGCAAACACGACAUGGACCCGGUCAGGCUACUGAAGGAGCUCAAGGCCACCUAUGACCAGGAAGAGCUCUACCUGCCCAAAGAAGCGGGUCUUAAUCUCAUUGAGGCCACUCAGGACAGCACAGGGGUCUCAGCCAAAAGCAGGGACAGCAGAGUGAAAGACCUGCUGAGUCUGACCCGCUUCUUCGGUUACAGCACGCAGACAUUUGUCCUGGCUGUGAACCUGCUGGACAGAUUCCUGGCCAUGAUCCGGGUCCGACCCAAGCACCUGUCAUGUGUGGGCCUGGGUUGUCUGCACUUGGCAGCCAAAGCAUGCGAGCAGCAGUGUGACGUGACCCCAGGGGAGGAGCUUAUCCGCAUCAGCCAGUCGGGCUUCACCUUGUCUGACCUCAGCCGCAUGGAGGCCAUCAUCAUGGGCAAACUGCAGCCCCAGCAUCCUACUGUGACUGCUGCCACCUUCCUCCAGCUGUACCACCAGAUCACCCUGGCACACUGCACACACAGAAGGGACAUUCUGAGCCUGGAGAAGCUGGAAGCCCAGCUCAAGGCCUGCCUGUGCCGCCUGUCCUUCUCCAAAGCCAAGCCCUCAGUCCUCGCGCUGUCCCUGCUCAUCCAUGAGGUCGAAACCAUUCAAUCAGAUGACAUGCUGGAGGUGGCCACCCAAAUUCAGAGACACCUCAAGAUCCAUGAGGCUGAGCUGAGGUGCUGGGGUGAGCAGGUGGCCCGGUGUCUGUCAGUGUAUGCCUCUGCUCAGUGCACCAAACCGAACCACAGGAGCCUCCAGUGGGUCAUCUCCCGACGCACCGCACACACCCUGCACUCCUCCCGCACUGUGCCAGAACUGCCCACCAUCCCAGAGAGUGCCUGGGACCAUAGCAGUGAGGAUUCAGACACACUCAGCUCUGGAGAGGAGUCCAUCUGCUCAGCUGAAGAGCCUCUGAGCUGAUGGAAGGUGCCACUGAGGCGAGGUGCCUGUGUUAUGCAACAUUUCUACACUGACACUUUUUCUUUUUUUUUUAAAUCUGCAAAGAAUUCAAAUCUUCAGAAAACUGCAGUGGAGCAUUUUAAGGUUCCUCUGUGCCUGCCAGAGGGGCUGUAUUGUUGUGAACAGAGGUGGUUGUAGGAGCUUACUUCAAAAAGUUUUAAAAGAAAUAUCUUAGUGGGAUAUUUAGUCAAAUUGUACUAUUAAAGUACUGUUACUUAAACAAAACAGUGAACAAGUAAAAUGUAUUGUGUGAACUAUUGUUAAAAAAUGAAAAAUGGUUACUCACACUUGAUGUUUCUUGAGGACCUCUGGUAGUAAAGGACAAAUUUAAUGCCUAAAAUGUCACAUGGUAGGUAGUGUAUGGACAGGUGCUCAAAUUCACUGGGGGAACACACUUUACAAUGUAAGAAGUUUGAUGACUCUUAUGCAAUGACAAAAUAUUGUAUAUAAAAAGUGUAAAAAAUGUAAAUGAUGUAAAAAAAAAUUGUAGAUGUUAUUUAUUGAUUCUGUGUUGAGUCUGAAUAAAAUGUCU